AUGGAUGCUCGUCGACGGUGAACACGGCGCGAGCCCGAGAGAAGAAGUGUGUGUCAUCCGCGACGCUUGACAUGGCUUGGCACGCGUGGCCAAGAUGGUGGUGGUAAUGGUGGCACGAUCACGAUAGUCGGACGGGUCGGACCUUCUCUUUCAUCGUCUCUCGCUUUGGUGUUCCUGGUGCUCCUCUUUAAUUCUACGGCUGCUUCUCGGAGGGUGUUUGUCGUGAUGAUGCGCGUCAGUGGUAGGAGUAGGAACCCGUUGUCGUUGUGUUGUUAGUCCGUGUGCAUCGUCGUGGCGAGUCGCUGGACGGUCGGUAUACUGUGGGAUCGCUGCUGCACCGUCCAAAAAUAGAUAAAUGAACGAGCAGCGUGCCAUCCUUGUUGUCGGUGGUUCCACGCACUCCGUAAUAAUGCACGAUUAUUAAAAGUCUCGUGGGCAGCGACGGAUAGGAAUGGAGGUGCUCAAAACCAGCCAGGAGAUAGUGCACGAAGGGUGGCUCAUUAAAUCGCCACCCACGAAACUCUGGCGAGCGCGGUGGAGGAAAAGGUGGUUUGCCCUUCGACAUAGCGGAGAAUUACCAGGACAAUACUUUUUAGAAUACUAUACAGAUAGACGCUGUAGGAAACUCAAAGGUCGUAUUGAUCUUGAUCAAUGUGAACAGGUGGAUGCAGGGCUGAGAUUUGAGAACCGGAAACAAAAGUAUCAAUAUAUGUUCAAUGUUAAGACACCAAAAAGGACAUAUUAUUUAGUGGCAGAAAGUGAAGCUGAUAUGAAUAAGUGGGUAGAUGCAGUGUGUCAAGUAUGUGGUUUAAAAGCAUACACUCAAGAUGAAGAACAACAAUGUCAAAUGUUCCAGUUUGAAACACAAGAAUCACCACCAAUUUCACCUACUAGCACAAUCUCUGGCCCUUACAUUCCUAUCAGUGAAUGCAUAUCUGGUCGUCGGUUGAAUGACACCAGCUCUCUUAAUUCAACCCUUGGUCAAGGACCUGAACAUUAUGAUGCUCCAAGACGAUUGGCCCCUUCUCCUCCUAGAUCUCCUACGACGACCGACGCGGAAAGUGUAUUUACUGACGACGAAUGGACCGCACCUGUGCCUAGCGUUAAUUGGGAGACCUUUCCUUCCUCAGGUGAAGCCAAACAACCGCAAGGUUCAAGCGACGCUGAAAUUGGAUCUUGGAGCGUCCGGAAACGGUUCGGAAAGCUAAGAAUUGUUGAUUCCGCUGUACCUCCUGCUGCAGACAAGUUACCAGCACCACCUAGGCCACCAAAACCUCCGCACAUGUUACCUGAAAAUCCUGGUCAUAAUUAUUUAAAUUUAGACGGUGCUACUGAAAGCUCAAAACCCACAACACCGGCUACUCCUGCACCAUCAACACCUGCGACCGCUAUCGUUACCGACGAGUCUUACGAUUUCCCAAGAUCUCACCAACCUGGACAAGCACCCGACACAACCGUGAUCGAUCAGUCGUCUAAACAUUUCUACUCUAAUGCCGCACCGAGUAGUCUCGAAGAAACGCGUGUAUUCCGUUACGACUUUCAGGAAGAGGAACCAUCGAGUCCUCGCUCUGAAAGUUCAGCGACUGCUACCUAUUCGAAUCUACCGAGUCCACUUAUUCGAGAUAAUUCGAACUCUGUAUCAACAACUAUGGCACCGCCGCCACCAGUGGUUUAUCGGGAAUUAAAACCCGGUAGAAAAACUAGUGAUUCUACAUCAAUUAUUAGUAAUGAACCUUCUCCAGGGCCAACAGUGCCAGUUCUAGAGAUGAGUUCUGCGGAACACUCUCCUGCUGAACCACCGAGUAUUAAUAGAAAGCUCAAACCACCUUUAAACAAAUCCCCAGUUGAAGGACCUUUGCAAUUGGCUUCUCCACCUGGAAGAGGAAGAAUCAGAGCAGCCCCUAGUCCAACACCCCAGACUCAUAUAUACUCAAACCGACAUCAGUCAACAUCGGACGAAGAUAACGCUUUCGAUGAUAAAGAGGAGAUAUAUUACUACCAGGAUCAAAAUACGUUC